AUGAUCUGGCGGCUUCGAGGGUCUCUCCCCGCGAGUCUCGCCAUCCUCUUCCCUCUCCUCGCAACUCAGCAGCAGUUGCUUCUCUCCCAGGCUGGCGAUGUGCCUCUUGCAGCCUCCUUUCCACGCGGUGCGGUUGAUGCCGGCCUGCCCAUACCAAACUCGAUAUCCAACCCCGUCCAUCCGUCCGUGAGGUCUGAUGAGAGCGCCCUUGAAACACUGGCUCUGGCGGCCUCUGGCUCCGCCGUUCGAGCACCUCCUGUUCAGAUCAGCAGUCGGAAUGACCCGACUCCGCAGCUUCAAGCGCGAUCUCUACAGGACUGGGAAGUGGAGGACUUUGUCCUCUUGGCGACCGUCGAUGGCACGAUUCACGCAAGAGACCGGAAGACGGGUGCUCCCCGAUGGGCGCUGGAAGUUCCCAGUAGUCCCAUGGUAGAGACUGUCUAUCACAGAGCAAACCGCUCGCAUUCAUCUAAAGACGCGCAGUUCGAAGACGACUUUCUCUGGAUCGUCGAGCCUAGUCGUGAUGGCAACCUGUUCAUCUACAACAAGGGCCAGAACGGUGGUCUACAGCGCCUAGGGCUGACCGUUAAGAUGCUCGUUGACGAGACUCCUUACUCCGGUAUCGACCCUCCUGUCACGUAUACCGCCAGAAAGGAGACCACGCUCUACACCGUUGACGCUAGGACAGGAUCGAUUCUCCGCAUGUUCAGCUCCCGAGGGCUUGUGGACCCAGACCAGACAUGUCGACGGCUCAAUGACUUCAAGCCGGCUGGGGACGAGUGUAAGUCUGGCGGAAAGCUCACCCUCGGGCGAAUCGAGUACACGGUCUCCAUCCAGAACACAAACACUGGCCAGCCCAUCUGUACGAUCAAAUACGCCGAAUGGGCCCCCAACAACCGAGAUGUUGAUCUCCAGGGCCAAUACUUUAAAACCAUGGAUGAACGCCACAUUUACAGUAUGCACGAUGGAGUUAUCUUUGGGUUUGAUCACUCUAAAGUGGAUGGACGCCGUUACACUCAACGGUUCAGCUCACCGGUCGCACGCGUCUUCGACGUUGCCCGUCCUCUGUCCUCCGACGAAUCUGACACGCCGUUGGCUAUACUCUCCCAACCCCCUUCUACCAAUGAUUAUGGCUCAGCUGGCCUCGAUAACAGGGAGUCUCGCGUCUUUAUCAAUUGUACAGAUACCGGUGGCUGGUACGCCAUGUCUGAGCUUACCUACCCGCUGGUCACUGGUCGGGCACGCAUAGCGGAUUGCUACGAUAGAGAUUUUUUGUCACAAGACAGGCCACUUAUGUCUCUUGACCUUGCACAACAGAAAGCCAUUCUUGUCGGUGUUCAUUCCCUCGCGGAACCGUCAGCCAACUUUCAUCCCAAUAUUCCAAGCAUCUCUGGCCCAUUAGCGGAGUCAUCCAACGAUACCCCGAAAGAUGUCUCAAGAGAACCGGAGAAACUUCCCGCCCCGGCUGGCCCUGGAAGGAACAGCGUUAUCAUACGCAAAGGCUGGGACAAUGCACUGGACAUAUUCGUCACUCUCGUUUUAUUAUUUAUUGGCACAUUCAUUUAUUACAAUACCCAAAACAUCCAGGAGCUGAUAAAACAUCGACUUGACCUAAAAAAUAUCAUUACCAUUCCCCAUAAUUCAGUAACAACCAACUCUAAAACAAUUGAACAGAAAACUACGGAUGAACAAACAGACUAUCCUUCACUCGUCAUCCAUCCGCCCCCAGAGCAAGAACAAAACAAGCCAAACGAUACGGUCAUAGAAUCCAAAGAGGACGCAACACCACCAGCGGAUGCAAAGACCAAUUUGCUUCCUUCAGACCAAAACAGUGAACCGCAAUCAAAGGAGGCAGAAACAGCGGCUGGAGACGAGCCCGCUGAUGGUGAAGACGCUGUUGUGAAAUCCCCACGCAGGAAAGCCCGUCGUGGGAGAAGAGGGGGUCAGGCGCACAAGCGUGGCAAGAAGAAUACCCAGGAAAGCACUGAGUUGGACAAUACCCCCAGUCAAUCUGGAGGGUCUCAGGGUGCCAGAGCCAGGUUUAAUUCACAGGCCGAUUUACAACUUGCUCGCACUACAUCAAAUACCGAGAUUGUAGACGCCGAUGGAGCAAUUCGCAUUGGCCAGCUUAAAGUUUACACCGAUAAGGUACUGGGACAUGGAAGCCAUGGUACAGUUGUUUACAAAGGUAGCUUUGACGGAAGAAAUGUCGCCGUUAAACGCUUGCUUGUCGAAUUCUACGAUAUUGCCGCUCAUGAAGUAGGCUUGCUUCAGGAAAGUGACGACCACAGUAACGUUAUUCGUUACUUUUGCAGGGAGCAAACUGCGGGUUUUCUCUACAUAGCCUUAGAGCUCUGCCCAGCUUCGUUACAGGAUAUCGUCGAGCGCCCUCACAACUUCCCAGAACUCCUCCGUAACGGUUUAGUACUGCCAGACAUCCUCCGCCAGAUCACAGCUGGUGUCCGCUAUCUACAUUCGCUCAAGAUUGUCCAUCGGGACCUGAAACCUCAGAAUAUUCUCGUUGCUGCACAAAAGUCUGCAAGGGGGGUAAAUAAUCUACGUCUCCUCAUAUCCGACUUUGGUCUCUGUAAGAAACUAGAAGACAACCAGAGCUCGUUCAGGGCCACAACAGCACAUGCUGCAGGAACGUCUGGUUGGCGUGCGCCUGAACUGCUUGUCGAUGAUGACCAGACCACCGUCAAUUCGGCAUCGUGGGCUAAUACCGGCACCUUGGACUCCUCCGAGCCUGCUGUGGUUGACCCCCAAACUAACCGUAGAGCAACGAGGGCUAUCGACAUCUUCUCCCUCGGCUGCGUAUUUUACUAUGUUCUAACCCACGGAAGCCAUCCUUUCGACAAGGACGGCAAAUUCAUGCGUGAAGCCAACAUUGUCAAGGGCUAUUACAACCUCGACGAACUCCAACGUCUUGGCAACUAUGCGUUUGAGGCUGAAGAUUUAAUCAGCCGCAUGUUAUCCGUAGAUCCACGUCUGAGGCCAGACGCAACUUCUGUAAUGAUCCAUCCAUUCUUCUGGUCUCCAGCCGAACGCCUCAGCUUCCUCUGUGAUGUAUCUGACCAUUUCGAAUUUGAGCCCCGAGACCCGCCUUCGCCAGCUUUACAAUGUCUAGAAUCCGUUGCUCAAAACGUCAUGUAUCCGGACAUGGAUUUCCUGAAGCUACUACCCAAAGAGUUCAAAGAUAGUCUCGGCAAACAACGAAAAUAUACAGGCUCCAAGAUGCUUGACUUGUUGCGUGCGCUACGGAAUAAACGCAACCAUUAUAACGAUAUGUCUGAACAUCUCAAAGCUCAUAUUGGCGGCCUUCCAGACGGAUAUCUGAAUUUUUGGACAGUUCGUUUCCCAGGCUUACUAAUCAACUGUCACUGGGUUGUUAGAAGGCUUGGCUUGGUGGAUCUGGAGAGAUUCAAGAGAUACUUCACUCCGCCCUGA